AUGCAGGGAAGAGAAGUUGCAACAAGGCGCCAGAAUGGCAGCGAGGAAGAUGCAGGCAGCAGGGGCAGCAUUGGGAAGCGGCUGGAUCAUCAGACUGCCCUUGCGUUCUGCAUGAGCUUCGUGAAGGUGACGAGAUGUGAUGUCGUGCUGUCUCACAACCCCUUCAACCCCUUGCAUGAAACUAACAACCAGACCAGUCCUGCUCCAUCCCUCCCUUCCCAACCGUCCACCACUGCUGUGCUUGCAGAUUCGGCCGAUCAGGUGGCAGCACGUGGCAACAGAGGCAUCAAGGGGCGUCACCGCAACCAGACCAGACCAGUCCUGCUCCAUCCCUCCCUUCCCAACCGUCCACCACUGCUGUGCUUGCAGAUUCGGCCGAUCAGGUGGCAGCACGUGGCAACAGAGGCAUUAAGGGGCGUCACCCGCCUGGUGCCGGUCUUCCCUCUUCGCCUCUACGACUCCCUCCUCUUCUCCCUCCGCUCCCUCCCUCCCUUCCAUGCCUCACAACCCCUUCCUCCAAACCGACAACCAGAGCAGUGUGAGAGAGUGAGUGUGGGGGUGCGGAUACAGGGCGUGCCUGUGAGUACGCUAGUAGGUUCGGGGCAAGGUGGUUCGACAAGGAGUGCGUUGGAUCAGGAGAUGGAGCAACGGCUGCCAAUUCAGCUCCGGCGAGCACUGCUGCCGUUCCAGAGGGAGGGGGUGGCGUUUGCAGUGGGGAGAGGGGGGCGAUGCCUGAUUGCAGACGAGAUGGGUGUGGGGAAGACCAUCCAGGCCAUAGCAGCAGUGGCGUGGUACAUGGCAGAGGGCCCUCUCCUCGUUGUGUGUCCGGCGUGCCUCACACUACAGUACUUCCCUUGCUCCUAUCCUCCUGUUGCCCCCUCUCGUCAGGCCAUAGCAGCAGCAGCGUGGUACAUGGCAGAGGGCCCUCUCCUCGUUGUGUGUCCGGCGUGCCUCACACUACAGUACUUCCCUUGCUCCUAUCCUCCUGUUGCCCCCUCUCGUCAGGCCAUAGCAGCAGCGGCGUGGUACAUGGCAGAGGGCCCUCUCCUCGUUGUGUGUCCGGCGUGCCUCACACUACAGUACUUCCCUUGCUCCUAUCCUCCUGUUGCCCCCUCUCGUCAGGCCAUAGCAGCAGCGGCGUGGUACAUGGCAGAGGGCCCUCUCCUCGUUGUGUGUCCGGCGUGCCUCACACUACAGUACUUCCCUUGCUCCUAUCCUCCUGUUGCCCCCUCUCGUCAGGCCAUAGCAGCAGUGGCGUGGUACAUGGCAGAGGGCCCUCUCCUCGUUGUGUGUCCGGCGUGCCUCACACUACAGAACUUCCCUUGCUCCUAUCCUCCUGUUGCCCCCUCUCGUCAGGCCAUAGCAGCAGCGGCGUGGUACAUGGCAGAGGGCCCUCUCCUCGUUGUGUGUCCGGCGUGCCUCACACUUCAGUACUUCCCUUGCUCCUAUCCUCCUGUUGCCCCCUCUCGUCAGGCCAUAGCAGCAGUGGCGUGGUACAUGGCAGGGGGCCCUCUCCUCGUUGCCAUAGCAGUAGCGGCGUGGUACAUGGCAGAGGGCCCUCUCCUCAUCGUGUGCCCGGCAUGCCUCAGGCUGCAGUGGGCCGAGCAGCUGGAAAGGUGGCUUCCCUUCCUGCGCCCAUCUCAAAUCCACAUUGUGUUUGGCCAGAGGGACGAUUUAGUAGAGGAGGACGAGGGGGAGAGGGCGCUUGGAACGGGCACCCAUGGUCAUUCCAACAGUCACACGGACAACGCAAAGAGCACAGCCCCAGCAGUGGUGAUCACGUCCUUUACGAUGGCAGACAGGCUGAGGCGAACGCUGAUGGGGAGGCGAGGUGGGUGGGGCAUGGUGGUGGUGGGUGGACGAGCCCAGAGCCCUCCUAUCCCUGCUCAUCCCUUCAACCCAUCUCAACCCCUCCGCUCCUCCCCUCCCCCCUCUGUGGCAGUCCCAGCAGUGGUGAUCACGUCCUUCACCAUGGCAGGGCAGCUGAUAAGCCCCAGCAGUGGUGAUCACGUCCUUCACCAUGGCAGGCAGGUUGAGACGAACGCUGAUGAGGAGGCGAGGGGGGUGGGGCAUGGUGGUGGUGGACGAGGCUCACGUGCUGCGCACUGCCAGGAAACCAUACGACUGCCUGGAGGUGAGAAUGAAGCACUUGGGGGGGGUGGAUGGGGGAAGAAUGUGGGCAUAUGCUGCAGAGGGGACACUCGAGUGGUGGUGGAUGUGAUUCGGCGCACCAAGCGAGCCAUCCUGCUCACCGGCACUCCCUCGCUUUCCAGGCACGUUGCCGCACUCACCGCGCCCUUUGACAUCUUCAACCUGGUCGACAGCCUCUGGAUACUUCUCUCUCUCCCUGCGAGCUGGGCCGUUCUCCUUGCCCUUUCUUCCAUCUCUCUAUCUGCAAACAUGUCUGGCCUGUCUGCUUGUCAUUGUCCUGCCUUCUCCCCCCUGACUUCUCUCCAACCGUCUCCCCUUACGCUUGCUGGUUCACCUAGGCCUGGCCUGCUGGGCACGUCCAAGUACGAGUUUGCUCGCAACUACUGCGACAGGGGGAGGGACAGCAGAGACUUCUCGAGGGGGAUUCGAUUGCACGAGCUGCACAUCCUGCUGUCGCACACCGUCAUGGUGAGAGACGGGGGUGCUCGUGCUGUCACACAUGGUCAUGGACAGCAGGGAAUUCUCAAGGGGGAUUCGACUGCGUGUGCUGCACGUCCUGCUGUCCCGCACCGUCAUGGUGAGGAGGCGUUUUCCCAGAUGAUGCAAGCGAUCAUGUACUAUGUAUGUGUGUGUGGAUGGACGUUUCUCUCUGCCCUGCUGCAGAUCCGUCGGCUCAAGUCUGAGGUGGCACUGCAGCUGCCACCUAAGCGCCGCCAGGUCAUCAGGCUGCGCCUUGAACCAUCUGACGUGGCACUUGCGGUUCAGAGAGUUGCUGAGCUGGCAGGGGGUAGUGCUGUGGUGUAUAGAGACAAAGAAUCCAAGGAUGUAGAUACAGAAGAGGGGGAGGAUGGGGGAGAGGACAAUGAGGACGGGGGGGAGGAAGGGGGAGAAGAGGAGGCAGGAGAGGAAGGAGAGGGUGAGGAGGAUGAUAGGGAAGAGGGUGAAGGGGAAGAGGGUGUGGAACAGGGAAAUUUGAAGGACCCGGAAGUGGAAAAGAGCAGUGAAAGAAACAGUGAGCGGAGCUGUGAUUCUGACCCUUGUAAAACGGCGGAUAUCCUACAAGGCAAUAAGAAGGCACUUGUGGGUGAUGCAAAGGCGGCCGAGGGCGGUAGGGGGAGGAGGAUGAGGGCUUUAAGGGCUGAAGGGGGUAAUUCAAAUGCUGGUGGGGGGGAUGUGGGGGGUGGAAGAGGUGGGGAAAGGGACGGAAAGGGGAGUGUGAGGGGUGGAAGCAUAAGAGGUGGAAGAGGGGGAGUAAGGGGUGGUAGGGGGAGGAGGAAGCAGGGAGCAGAGGAGAGGGAGGGGCGGAGAGGAGGGAAGUUUGGGGUUGGGGGGUUGAGCCCUGAAGAACUUGGACUGGCCAAGAUGAGAGGGGUGGAAGAGUGGUUGAGUCACUGCUCGGUUCUGAGGGGUUGGGAGGGGUGUGAGGAGGGCGGAGAGGAAGAGGGAGGCGAGGGAGGGGUGGGAGGCGAGGGAAGGGGAGGAGAAGGGGUUGGAGGCGGUGGGGAUGUGGAGGGGGAGGGACCAAGCGAGAGGAAAGAGAGGAGUGAGAAGAAGCACAGGGGAAGGAAUGGGCGGAUGGUAGAGAAGAUGGUGAUUUUCGCCCACCAUCACGUGGUGAUGGACGCCCUACAGGCUGCUGUCUACCGCAUUGCUGCUGCCAGCAUUCUGAGGAGAGGCGAUGAUGAGGAGAAGGGGGGUGGGAUGGAUGAGGAGAGAGGGGCGGGUGAAGAGCCUGCCAAAGCUGCUAUGCGGUUUGAGUUGGUUCGGGUGGACGGCACCACGCCUCCUCUGGAGCGGGCCGAGGCUGUCAAGAGGUUCGCCACCGAGCCUCAGGUCCGGGUGGCGAUAGUGGGCGUGACGGCGGGCGGCGUGGGCUUGGACUUUAGUGCGGCGCAGACGAUUGUGUUUGCGGAGAUCCCGAGGGCGGCAGCAGAUCUGCUGCAGGCAGAGGACAGGGCGCACAGGAGGGGGCAGAGGUUCCCUGUGAACGUGGUUGUGUUCUGUGCCAAGCCCUACUUCAUAGAUGAGGAUUCCUCCUCCCUCAAGGUGAGAGGCAAGGCAGCGGAUGUGCUGCAGGCAGAGGAUAGGGUGCACAGGAAGGGGCAGAGAUUCCAUGUGAUGAACGUGGCGGAGUUCUGUGCUAAGUGGAUUCGUUUCAAGCAGAGGACAGGGCGCCCAGGAGGGGCCAGAGCAGAUCUGCUGCAGGCAGAGGAUAGGGCGCACAGGCGAGGCCAGAGGUUCCCUGUCAACGUGGUGGUGUUCUGUGCCAAGGAUUCCCUCAAAAGUGAUGAUGAGGCGGCAUGGAGAGGCUGUGUCGCGGACUCUCGGGACGAGACGGCGUGGCAGAGGCUGUGUCGCAGUUCAGAGCGCGUGUUGGCUGCUGUGGAUGGGGGGAAGCAGCAAGAGGGAGUGCUGGAAGGGAAGUUAUGUCACUCUAUCUGCCUCCUCACUCCUCUCUUCUCGCUCCUCUUCUUACCUUUCUCGUGCAUUCCUUCUGUUCAGGACUCUCGGGAUGAGACGGCGUGGCAGAGGCUGUGCCGCAGUGCAGAGCGUGUGUCGGCUGCUGUGGAUGGGGGGAAGCAGCAAGAGGGAGGGCUGGUAGUGGAUAGUGUUGUGGACGGGUCUGCUGUUAAACGAGGCAGGACGGAGGGGGGGGUGGAGGGAGUGGGGAGGCAGGAAAGAAGGCUUCUAAUGGAUAGCUUUGCUGAUGGUACUGCUGUGGACGGGGGGAAGAAGCAAGAGGGAGGGUUGACAAUGGAUAGUGUUGUUUAUGGUCCUGCUGUGAAGCGAAGAAGGACAGAGGGAGGGGUGGAGAGAGUGGGGAGGCAGGAAAGAAGGCUUCUAAUGGAUAGCUUUGCUGAUGGUACUGCUGUGGACGGGGGGAAGAAGCAAGAGGGAGGGUUGACAGUGGAUAGUGUUGUUUAUGGUUCUGCUGUGAAGCGAAGAAGGACAGAGGGAGGGGUGGAGAAAGUGGGGAGGCAGGAAAGAAGGCUUCUAAUGGAUAGCUUUGCUGACCAGUCUGCUGAGGAUGGGGAGAAGCAGCAAGAGGGAGGGUUGACAGUGGAUAGUGUUGCUGAUGGUUCUGCUGUGAAGCGAAGAAGGACAGAGAAGGGGACGGGAAGCGAUGAACUGGGAGAGGGGGGCAAGAUUGAGGGUAGAGAAGCAGAGAAGGGCGCCGGUGGAAUGGAGAGCAAGGAAGAAAAGGCCACGUUAAACAGGCCCCAACUGCCAGGCGCCUCAUUGAGCAGACCGCAAGCGGAAGACAUGUACGCACAUGAAUGUGACACCAAUAGUCCUUGUCGCUGCAGGCCAGUGGGGGAGAGCAGUGCUCCUAGUAGGGAUGUGGGAGGGAAGUGUGCAGCAAUUCGCUGUUGUGCAGAUGAUAAGGGAAAAAUGGGCAGGGUGGAGGAAGAAGAGGAGGAGGAGGAGGAGGCAGAUGGAAAGCGAUGGACGCAGAUCAAACCGGAGGACCUGCGAUUCGAGGUGAGCAAUCACACGGGCAGGAUCCAUCUGUUCUGCAGCCAUCCUGACCGUCCAUUCGCCCCAGUUCCACUCGAGCAAAACUUCCAUCCAGAAGAUCUGGACCUCGUUAUAAGCAACCCCCUUUGUGUCAUAGAAAGCAAGAAGGAAGGUUCCUCUGCAGCUUCCCCCCAGCUCGUGGACUCAGAGGAUCGCAUGCCGCCAAUCCUGCGGCGACACGUGGCGCUUCGAGAGGCCGCCAGGUCAUUCGUCAGCGAGUGGGGGGCGCUGAAGCCGCAGCACCGGAGGAAGCUGCUUGGAAGGAUCCUGGCGCUUCCUGUGGCGGAGGAGCUGGAGCGAGUGCUGUUCCCCCUCCCCUUCAGUGACGUCAUGGGCAUGGCAGGCCGUGUGGCAGCAAGAGGAGGUGGGCAACGAGAGGGGAUAUACUCGCUGCCGCUAAGGAGUAACCUCCAGCUCAUUUUCCUCCUGUGUGUGGUGCUGGCAGGGCAUGGCAGGGCCGUGUGGCAGCAAGAGGAGGGCAUGGCAGGGCCGUGUGGCAGCAAGAAGAGGUGGGCGACGAGAGGGGAUAUACUCACUGCUGCCAGUGAGGGAAGGGGAGUGGGUGGUGGAAGCACAGGUGGGUCAGGAGGAACAGCCAGAGGGCCAUCAGCGGAUGGAGGAGGAGGAGUGGUGGUGGUGGAGAGGGAGAUGAGGGCGCCUCUGAGAGUGUGCCUCGUGGCAGCAAUCACUGGGCCCCACUCUGCCGCAUGUGUGGUCAGAUCUGCCGGACUCAUGCAGCAAGGGCACCAACAGUGCCCCGCCAUCUCUUCUGCUCCAAUUCCUGCUUCUCCACCUACCUAUCCAUUCAUCCUCUCCAUUCAUCCUCUCCCUUCAUCCUCUCCAUUCAUCCUCUCCCUUCAUCCUCUCCAUUCAUCCUCUCCCUUCAUCCUCUCCCUUCAUCCUCUCCCUUCAUCCUCUCCCUUCAUCCUCUCCCUUCUCCUCUCUAUCCCUCCCGUUCCCACUCUCCCCCGCUUUCUCUCACCAGUUCCCUCGCAGCAAGAUCGCCAACAGUGCCCUGCCAUCUCUUCUGCUCCCACUCCUGCUUCUCCUCACCUACCUCUCUCACUGUCACUCCGUGUAUCUCUCUGUCCCUUACCAGGACUCAUGCAGCAAGGGCGCCAACAGUGCCCCGCCAUCUCUUCUGCUCCAAUUCCUGCUUCUCCACCUACCUAUCCAUUCAUCCUCUCCAUUCAUCCUCUCCCUUCAUCCUCUCCAUUCAUCCUCUCCCUUCAUCCUCUCCAUUCAUCCUCUCCCUUCAUCCUCUCCCUUCAUCCUCUCCCUUCAUCCUCUCCCUUCAUCCUCUCCCUUCUCCUCUCUAUCCCUCCCGUUCCCACUCUCCCCCGCUUUCUCUCACCAGUUCCCUCGCAGCAAGAUCGCCAACAGUGCCCUGCCAUCUCUUCUGCUCCCACUCCUGCUUCUCCUCACCUACCUCUCUCACUGUCACUCCGUGUAUCUCUCUGUCCCUUACCAGGACUCAUGCAGCAAGGGCGCCAACGGACGCAUGCAGCAAGGGCGCCAACGGUUCCCCGCCAUCUCUUCUGCUGCGAUUCCUGCUUCUCCACCUACCUCUCUCGCACCUCCCUUUCGUUCCUUCGCCAGGUAAGAACCCCACCUCCUUCCUCGCAUGCCUUCUUCCCUCCUUACGUUUCUCCUCUUGACAUCCCUCCUCUCAUCCCUCCUCUCAUCCCUCCUCUCAUCCCUCCUCUCAUCCCUCCACACAUCCCUCCUCACAUCCCUCCUCACAUCCCUCCUCACAUCCCUCCUCACAUCCCUCCUCACAUCCCACCUCAGAAGGUGUUUCAUUCGGGCAUGGCAUGUGCGGUUGCACUGCAGUUGCCCCUGCCUUUCGUCCCACACCUCAGGAGUUGCUUCGUGCUUUGUGCCAUCAGGGUGCUACCCCCUGCUGACCGCUCUGAUCUCUCCCAUCCGUCCUCCCCCCCCUCCCUCUCCCCGUUCUCAUCACCUCAGGAGCUAUUUGCACUCGAGCGAGGCGUGUGUGUGACAUGCAACCUCGACUGCCAUGCUCUUGUCUCGGCCAUCAGGGUGCUACCCCCUACUGACCGCCGCCGAGUGAUCCUGCACUGGGCACCCCACUUCGCCAAGUACCCCAAGCUAGCUGUGCAAUCUUGUUCAGUGCUGUGCUGCAGUCUGGCCCCGGCCAUCAGGGUGCUACCCCCUGCUGACAGUCGCCGAGUGAUCCUGCACUGGGCGCCCCACUUUGCCAUGUACCACUGUGAGUGCGGUACAGUGCAGUGCGGUUCUGUAUGGUCCAGGCUGCAACAUCUAACAGAUAUUCCCACAGAGGGCAACGCAUGGCAUGCAGAUCAUAAAGUGGCCGUGGCAGAGGGGGGUGGCGAGUGCGGAGUGGAGAAUCUGCGCACGCUCUGUGUGGUGCGCCUCAAAAUUCUUCUCCCUGUGUGGCUGUACCCCAUAUCCCAGCCAUCCUGUCCCCCACUCCCUCCCAUCCCUCUCCUUAUCCCCAGGCUCCAGCAACUAGUAGACCUUCCCACGGAGGGAAACGCAUGGCAUGCGGAUCAUAAAGCUGCAGUGGUGGAGGGAGGCGGCGAGCUGCAGCGACUGGUAGACCUUCCCACGGAAGGCAACGCAUGGCACGCUGACCAUAAAGUGGCCGUGGCAGAGGGGGGCGGCGAGUGCGGAGUGGAGAAUCUUCCUCUCCUUCCCAUCACCAUCCCAUUCCCCUCCCAUCGCCAUUCUCCUCCCCGCCCACCAGGCUGCAGUGGCUGGUGGAUGUACCCACAGAGGGCAACGCGUGGCAUGCGGAUCAUAAAGCUGCAACGUCUAAUAGACAUUCCCACAGAGGGCAACGCGUGGCAUGCGGAUCAUAAAGUAGCGGUGGCGGAGGGGGGAGGGGAGUGCGGAGUGGAGAAUCUGCGCACGCUCUGUGUGGCGUGCCACCUGUCGCACACUAACUUCCAAAAACGCCAGUGGGCUGAGGAGAGGAGGAGAGCGAGGGCUGCGUUGGUGGCUUUGGAGGCUAAGAAGAGAGGAGAGGGGGGGGGGAAGGAAGGGGGAGAGGGAGGGGAAGGGUGUGAGAAGAAGGGAGGUGGGAAGAGAAGGGGUGAUAAGAAGGCUGGUGGUGGUCUGGGUGUGGGCAAGGGGGGUGUGAAAGGAAGGAAGAGAAUGAGAGAGGCGGAGGAGGGUGAGGGGGAUGGGGAGGGAGGGAAGCAGGUGCAAGCGACAGGAAGGAGGUGCAAGGAAGGAAGGAGCACAGAAGGAGAGCGAGCGACAGGGAUGUCUGAUGGCGAUGGAAUCAAGAGGGAAAGGUGGGAGAGGGCAGAAGAGGGGCAGAUGGAGGUAGAGGAAAGGAGAGACGAGGCAGACGAAGGGAGCGAGGAGGCGAGGGAGGCAGGGAGGGAGGAAGCAGCAUACUGUCACAAACCUAGAAAAGGGUUGACUCUUUUUGACUGCUUUAAGAGAGUGGAAGUGGGUGGUGGCUCGAGAAAGGGUGACAGGCUGAGAGGAGGUGGAGAGUCACGAACAUCAAGAGAGGCAAGAGAUUCACGAGGGCGAGAGGAAACAAGAUUUGAUGAGGGAUUGGGAGGGCGAGACGAAUCAAGGCUGGAGGGGAAGUCGAGCACGCUUGGAGGGAGCAGUGGCGUAGCAAGGAAUAGCAGUGCAGUGGCAGGAGGAGGGAGCAGCAGUGCAGCCAGAGGCAGCAGAGAUGCAGAGGGAGGGAAGGUUGCAGUGGCAGCACCAAAUGCUGCUGUGGUAGGCAUGCGUCCACCUGUGGACGCGCCAACAGGCGUGUCUCCUCAUUCAGGCUCACUGACAGGCACGCUUCCACCUGUGGACGGCCUGAUAAGCGUGGGUGUGGUGAAGGAGGAUGGGGAGAUGGACGCCUUGCGGCGGCUCUUUCGACCGGUUGUGAGAGCUGUGUGCUCGCCUCGCCCCGCGAUUCCAGAGGCGUCGCCUCGCCCCGCGAUUCCAGAGGCGUCGCAUGCAACGGCCCCAAACCAGGAGCGUUCACCUCGCUCCACACACUGCCCAGUCUUGCCACACAAUGUCACAAGGGAUGGGAUGGCAGGUGUGAGAGUAGGCGGCGACUGCGCAUCCACAAAUCCGGGAGAAGGUGGGGGGGGGAGUGGAGGAGUGGUAGGUGGUGGAAAUGGUGAUGGGGGCAAGCGAGGAGUUAUCACGGAGGGUGGGGGUGGCAGGGACGGCAGGGGGGAGAGGAGGCAUGAGGAGCAGGUGGGCGUGUGGGAGGUAGUGGGGAUAGAUGAGGAAGGUGGGGUAGGAGAGCCUUACGUAGAUGUGGUUGAUCUGACAGGGCAGGAGGAUGAUGAGGAGGGAGAGGACGUUGAAGAGGGGGAGGAUGGUGGAGACGAAGGAAGUUUGAAAAGCAAGGGAGGUUUGGAAGGCAAGGGAGGUCUGAGAAGCAGGAAAGGUUCGGGAAGCAAGGGAGGUUUGGGAAGCAAGGGAGGUUUGGGAAGCAAGGGAGGUUUGGGAAGCAAGGGAGGUCUGGGAAGCAGGAAAGGUUUGGGAAGCAAGGGAGGUUGGGGAAGCAAGGAAGAUUUGGAAAGCUUUGGACUGGGUGAGGAGUGGAGGGCAGAGGCCAAGGAGGUGAGGCUUGGGGAGGACGUGGAUGAUGAUGUUGCUGACGUGGCAGAUGGGGAGCACGUGGCAGGUGAUAAGGAGGAGGGGGAUACAGGUUCACAGAAUGAGGCUGGAGGAGGAGGUGGUGCUGGUGCACGCAAGGAGAUGGGAGGAGGAGCAGGAGAAGCUGAGAGUCGGGCUUUAGACUUGGACUAUAGGGUGGGAGGGGGUACACGAGGGGUGUGUGGGGAGCGUGUGGGGGUAAGGCAAGAAGCAGGAAAAGGCGGGGUUUGCUUUGACGCGUAUGCACACAAGUCAGGUGAUAGGGUUUACCUCAAGGGAGGCAUACUCGCUAAAGGCCGCCCCCCUUUUGUGUAUGACGCGUGGACGAAUUCCCUCUCCUCUGCUCCGCCACUGCAAAUCCCGCGGUUCAAGUUCGUUUGCGGGCAGUGGAAGGGGAAAAUUUUCGUCGCGGGCGGGGUUCGGCAGCAGCCAUUGGAGGAGGGCGAGGAGAAGAAGGACCUCCGGGCAGCUGAAGUUUUCAUUCCGGAGGGGCAAGGGCGAAUGAUAGAAGAAGAGGGGGGGAACGUUCGGGAGCCGAUUCCGAAGCUGGGGGUCGUGCUAGACUCGGCGGUCGUUGGUCGCUACAUUUUCAUUCUCAGGUGCAUCGAAUCCGGACAGAUUUCAUUCGUGCGGUAUGACACCCGCGGCAAUGAGUGGAAGGACAUGCACAGCAUGCCAUACGUCCCCCCCGCCGACCCGAUGAUACUUAGCAAAGUGUCGUUUAGGUGCGUUGCCACGCGAACCAGGGUGCUGGUAGUGCAGGUGCGAGGCACGUGUGAAGACAUGGGAGUCGCUUCUUUUGCUGCUGGGAUGCGUGAGGGGAGGAGGGGAGGGGAGGGAGGGAGAGGUGGGGGAGAGGGGGCGAGGGGUGGGGGAAGAAGAGGCGAAAGAGGGGCAGAGGCGGUAGGAGAGGGAGCAGGAGUGACGGCAGGAGGGACGGCAGAGGGGGAGGCUGGAGGGGCAGUGGAGGAAACAACAAGGGAGGUAGAAGCAGAAGGAGCAGAAGAGGUAACAGGCGAUGUGACAGGGGAAGCAACAGGAGGGGCAGCAGAAGGAGCAGGGAGAUUGGCAGCAGAAGGAGCAGGGGGAGAGGCAGGAGAAGGAUCUAUAGGUGGGGCAGCAGAAGAGGCAGGGGGAGAGGAAGCAGGUGAGGAGGCAGGAGAGGUAGCAGAAGGUAACACUGACAAUGAUGAGCCAGCACCUGAGACUGCACCUGAGACUGCACCUGAGACCGCACCUGAGACUGCACCUGAGACCGCACCUGAGACUGCACCUGAGACUGCACCUGAGACCGCACCUGAGACCGCACCUGAGACUGCACCUGAGACUGCACCUGAGACUGCACCUGAGACCGCACCUGAGACUGCACCUGAGACUGCACCUGAGACCGCACCUGAGACUGCACCUGAGCCAACACCUGAGCCCGUACCUGAGCCUGAGCCUACAAGGGAGUUGCCGCAUGAAGGUCCGAGGGAAAGGGGAAGAGGAAGAGGAGCAAGAGGAGGAACGGGAGGGAGAGGUGGUGGGAGAGGGGUAGGAGGCAGGGCAGGGAGAGGGAAUGUUGGAGGAGGGAGAGGGGGAGUGGGGGGGAGAGGAGGGAGGGGAGGAGGGAGAGGAGGAAGGGGCCGAGGGGUGGCUGGAGUGGCGAUUGGUGCGGUCAGCAUGGUGGGAUAUAGGUUCGGCGCCCUGGCCCUCAUGUACGAACCUGAGGCCGAGGCUCGGGGAGGUUUGGUUUGGCGGCGGCUGCCGGACAUGCCGUAUGAGACACCUGGUGCAGUCUGUGCUAUGCUUCGGUGUUGA